CUUUCAUCUAUAAACACCUUCCUGCACCACCACAUCCUUUCGAACCACGUCUCCUUCACAACGCUGCUGCUUCUUUUGCUGGCAAUCCAUAUUCCAAGUCGAAUCCAUUGCAGAGACUGAGUAUUUUGGUGCGCAACCAGCAGGACUGAGAUUUCAUCAUGGCCCAAAUUCGAGGCACAGCUGGCUAUAACCUGGGAGGCCAGACUUCAUUUGGAGGCCCUAGCAGUGGAGAUGCCAACAAUGACCCGAGUCCGCUCGAUGCGAUCAGGGAACAGACGAGCAAGAUCGAAGAUUUCUUGGAUACUUUGAGCGACCCAGUAAAGCCAUAUUUGCCAGCAAUUGGCCGGUUCCUCAUUGUGGUUACAUUCUUGGAAGAUGCUCUUCGAAUUAUCACCCAGUGGAGCGAUCAGCUGUUGUACCUUCACGAUUACCGACACAUUCCGUAUGGCCUUACCCAUCUCUUCCUGAUUGUGAAUGUCCUCGCUAUGGUCUCUUGCUCUACACUGGUCAUUGCACGAAAAUACUCUGACUACGCUGUCGGUGGACUCAUUGGUGUCGUGGUCACACAAGCCCUUGGAUAUGGGCUUAUCUUCGAUCUCAACUUCUUCCUCCGCAACCUGUCCGUGAUGGGUGGUCUACUGAUGGUUCUUUCGGAUUCCUGGGUUCGCAAGAAUAAGGCUUUUGCAGGCCUGCCACAAAUCGACGAGAAGGAUCGCAAGAUGUACUUCCAGCUUGCUGGCCGAGUCCUCUUAAUCUUUCUCUUCGUUGGCUUUGUGUUCAGCGGGAAAUGGAGUGUCUGGAGAGUCAUUGUCUCACUAUUUGGCUUGGUUGCCUGCGUCAUGGUCGUGGUGGGCUUCAAGGCAAAGUUCAGUGCCAUCAUGCUGGUUGUCCUUUUGAGUGUUUUUAACAUCUUGGUGAAUAACUUCUGGACUCUUCACGAGCACCACCCCCACAAGGACUUUGCCAAGUACGACUUCUUCCAGAUUCUCUCGAUUGUUGGCGGACUCCUCCUGCUAGUCAAUAGUGGACCUGGCAAAUACAGCAUCGAUGAGAAGAAGAAAGUAUACUAAGCGUCAGGGAAUGGCAGGAGAGCCAUACCAGAACGAAGGUUAAGAAAAUUAAGAAAAUAGGUGCCUUGCAUUGGUGGAGUUACUGGCGAAGGUAUUGAAAGUUCAGUCAUUUUACGAGGGGAGACAAGAUGUCUCUGCCACCUCUCUCAGCGCAUAGCAAUCUUCCAAAUGUAAAUUCUAAAGCAUCAAUCGUAUCAUGUGAAUUUCCACCCUCC